CCUCUCUCGCUCGCUCUCUCGCCAUUACUAAAAACCCAAACUUUCUUCGCUUUCUUUCACUAGUUGACUCUCUCUCUCUCUUUCUCUCUCUCUGAAUCUCUCACUCGCCACCAAAAUCAUGAACUCAUACGAGCAGGAUCCGAUGGCGAGACCCGACGGAAACAUCUCGGCUUCUCGGCCCUACGCCAUGAGCGGAAAAAUCAUGCUAAGCGCAAUAGUAAUCCUCUUCUUCGUCGUCAUUUUAAUGGUCUUCCUCCAUCUCUACGCUCGCUGGUAUCUCCUCCGCGCUCGCAGACGCCAUCUCCGCCGCCGCAGCCGUAACCGACGCGACACAAUGGUUUUCUUCACCGCCGAUCCUUCCACCGCCGCCGCCGCUUCCAUCGUCUCCACACGCGGCCUCGACCCCGCCGUCUUAAAAUCUCUCCCCGUUUUCACUUUCUCCGAUUCGACCCAUAAAGAUCCGAUCGAGUGCUCCGUUUGUCUCUCCGAAUUCGAAGAGACCGAGUCGGGUCGGGUUUUGCCCAAUUGCAAACACACUUUUCAUGUUGAUUGCAUCGAUAUGUGGUUUCAUUCUCAUUCCACCUGUCCUCUCUGCCGCUCUCUCGUCGAGCCUCUCGCCGGAAAUGAAAACACCGCGUCGUCGCCGGCGGCUGCGGAUGAGCAAGUCGUGAUUGCGAUUUCUUCUGACCCGGUUUCUUCGAUUGAACCCGGUUCGAGCUCUGGAUUGAGCGGUGAGCCCCAUGGAUCUGGGCCUUCUGCAAUGCCGACGGAAGAUUUGGGGAGAAAACCGGCGGCGAUUGAGGUACCGAGGAGGAAUUUCAACGAGUUUGAAAACGAUUUGACUCGGAACUCGCCGGCGAAUCACUCGUUUAGGUCGCCGAUUAGUCGGAUGUUAUCUUUCACUCGGAUGUUAAGUAGAGAACGGAGAAGCGCUUCGUCUCCUAUUGCCGGAGCUCAGCCGCUAUCGCCGUCGUCGAUCUGUCGGAUACCCAUGACCGGGUCAGAUAUCGAACGGGGAGGUGAGGAGACGAGGUGACUUGCCACGUGGAUGUUCCUUAUUGGUUUUGAUUUUAACCUCGAGGAGAAUGCAAAAGUUUAUUAUAUACAGUGAUGAUAAAAGGCAACAAGCCUUUGUCGAGGGUUGAUUUUCAGCGCCCGUGAACACGUGGCGUAAUCUGAACUACCAUCGAGUCAAUAUGCACCGUCCGUUAUUUUUAGAUUAGAUAGGCUUGUUUGAAGAUGUACAUAUAGUCGGUCGUCGAUAUUGAAUUCAAUUUCCAUUUAUUUUUCUUUAUCUUCUCUUUUUUCUUUUCCCAUUUCUACAUGAUGUUUCUGUAAUUCCUAUUCAGUGGUCAUGAAUUCAUGAUAGAGACUUUACAUAAGUUUAUUUAAUACCAAUUUAGAGU